GCGCGUCGUCGUCGCCAGGUUGAGAGAGUCCGCUCGGAGGCCCUCAGUCUCCGCUCGUCUCGCCGCGGGCCGUGACGACAUGAGCAACAAAGAAGGAUCAGGAGGGUUCAGGAAAAGGAAGCAUGACAAUUUCCCUCAUAACCAGAGAAGAGAAGGGAAGGAUGUUAAUUCAUCUUCGCCCGUGAUGUUGGCCUUCAAAUCAUUUCAGCAAGAACUUGACGCAAGACAUGACAAGUAUGAGAGACUUGUAAAACUUAGUCGGGAUAUAACUGUAGAAAGUAAAAGGACAAUUUUUCUGCUCCAUAGAAUUACAAGUGCUCCUGAUAUGGAAGAAAUAUUAACUGAAUCAGAAAUUAAAUUGGAUGGUGUCAGACAAAAAAUAUUGCAGGUGGCCCAGGAGCUCUCAGGAGAAGACAUGCAUCAGUUCCAUAGAGCCAUUACGACAGGACUACAGGAAUAUGUGGAGGCCGUCUCUUUUCAACACUUUAUCAAAACACGAUCACUUAUCAGUAUGGAUGAAAUUAAUAAACAAUUGGUGUUUACAACAGAAGACAAUGGGAAAGAAAAUAAGACUCCUCCUCCUGAUGCUCACGAUAAAGAGUUUGGUACUUGGAGACUGAAAAUCACGCCUGUUGAUUACCUUCUUGGAGUGGCCGAUUUAACUGGAGAGUUGAUGAGGAUGUGUAUUAACAGUGUGGGGAAUGGGGACAUUGACACCCCCUUUGAAGUGAGCCAGUUUUUACGUCAGGUUUAUGAUGGGUUUUCAUUCAUUGGCAAUACUGGACCUUAUGAGGUUUCUAAGAAGCUGUAUACCUUGAAACAAAGUCUGGCCAAAGUGGAGAAUGCUUGUUAUGCCUUGAAAGUCAGAGGUUCAGAAAUUCCAAAACAUAUGCUGGCAGAUGUCUUCUCAGUUAAAGCAGAAAUGAUUGAUCAAGAGGAGGGCAUUUCUUAGAAAUAACAUUACUCAGUUAUAUCCUCUUGAACUCCUGAGAGAGACCAGUUUGUAAGACUGUUAUUUAGUAUUUUAUUUGACUUUAUUGUGGCUUUUACAUAGGAAAUUUUCAGUUUUAUUAUUUUAAAUUAUAUAUAAGCUGUACAUAAAAUUAUCAAAAUGAAUCAUUUUCUAUAUCUUACUCAUGAAAGUUUGCAUACAAAUGUUGCAUAUAUGCCUAUUUUAAUUGUUGCUGGCUAAAUUAAUCACUUUGUACUGUGAACAUACUUCAGAGUGCAUUUUCUGCCACCUGUUUACUUUAUGUGAAUUGUGAGUGGUAAUAAUUAGUGGAAACCAUUUAUAAUUUAAGUUGGUUUUAUGUGUAGAAAAGAUUUCUUAGUUAUACAUCUGGACUUGAGCUUUUGGUUUAAAUGUCUUGGUAAUAUUGUGCCAGGCCUUCAAGAUAGGCUUAUUCCAUAGAACAGAAUUAAAAAUUAC